GGACACGUCAAUUCGGCCUGACCAUCAUGUACCCUCCAGGAUCCUGUAAUGACGGAAUCACCCUUCCCUUUGAAUGAAAUUACACAAAUAACCGCACCUUCCGGUAAGUCGGGGACUGCAAGGGUCUCCCAUGUAAAUUCCACAGAGAGAGGGAAAGAGAAGGGAAGAGAGAUAAAAGAGCGAGAAAAACGAUGUCGUGUAAUCUGAAAUUGCAGGUCACGAGCUGUGCAAUCAAGCGGGCAAGGACUAAUGCUGUCGCCGGUUACAGCAAGCUGCACCGUCGUCCGUACGACCUAAAGCUACCCUACUCUCGCCGGCGGCCGAGGUCUCUCUCCGUGCAAUCUGAGUAUGUUGGAGCUGAGUCAUCUAUUCCGCCGUCGCAUUACACGGAGACCGUCGGAACCCCUUCGCUAUCGUCGUCUUCGCUCCGUCUCUCUCAGUGGAACCUCACCGACCGCCAUGUCGUUUUGCUCAACGUCAUUGCUUGCGCGGCGGCAAUUUCGGCGACCUGCCUCUUCUGCUCUGCAAUCCCGGCACUUCUGGCUUUCAAGAGAGCAGCUGAAUCAAUGGAGAAGCUCAUGGAUGCAGUGAGAGAAGAGCUGCCUGGUACAAUGGCUGCUGUUCGAUUAUCUGGGAUGGAGAUCAGUGACCUUACUAUGGAGCUCAGUGAUCUUGGGCAGGGAAUUACACAAGGAGUUAAAAGUUCCACUCGAGCUGUUCGUGUAGCUGAGGAGAGGUUGCACCGCUUGGCAAACAUGGGUUCGCCAGCAUCGUUGCAGGAGAUAGCCAAUAGGGAAAAUGAGGUUGAAGAGCCAGUUGUGGCUAAAACCGCAAGGGGUAUAAAAAAUGGGAUUGUCAAAGGUCGUUCUAUCUGGAAGAUGUUUUUCACUCUCACCCGAUUUUCAAGAAUGGCACUCAACUAUUUUAGCAGUCGAUCUAAGCGGUAGCUAUAAAUUGAAACAGAUAGAGAGAGAGCUUCAUGGUGAGCAAUUUCAAAAUUUUGAAUAUGUACAUAACUUUAAUGAUUUUUAUCAAGUUUCAAUCACGGUUAUGUUUUAGUAACUUGGUUUUUGGUUUCAGAGUGUUUUAGAAUUUUAAACUUUUGUGCUGUAAACAUACUACUAGUUCACGUGGACAAUAGAAAUUCUACUUCUUUGCAUC